AUGAAAAAAUCUUAUAAUCUUGUCAAAUCGUGUUUAUUUUUUAUAUUGAUUAUUAGUUUUUCAAUUAUAACAAUAUCAGCGGAAUUGAACUUGUACAUUACACCAAACACUACUAUAUAUAAAAAAUUUACCUAUACAGAGAAUACGUUCUCCCAAUCACAACCAUAUGCAAUUGACAUUCAAGUUUAUGAUGAUGGGACAACACUCAUCCAUCUUGUUAGAAAUAAUAAUACUGAGAAUUGUUUUGAACCCAUCUUACGUAUAAGAAUUAUCCAUUUAAAUGGAUCCGUCACUGAAAUUAAUACUGAUUUAAAUCUUGAUUCUGUGAAUUAUUGCUUAUUUAAAGACAUACUUACUGGCGAAAUGGUGAAUCCUAUUUCAAUACGACCUUUAAAACAAACAUUUAUAUUAGGAACUGUUCUUAAUUGGAAUGGCGAAAAACUUAGUUCCAUACCUCUUGAACCAUCCUCUGUUUAUUUCUCCGAGAAAAUUUUUUGGCCCAUGAAAAGUUUAAUUGAAAUAAACAUAAACAAGGAACUAUUUCUUUACGUAAAUUCCUAUGGAAAUUCCAUCGAUGCCAUUGUUCUAACAGAGUCCGAUCUACCAACCACUAAUUAUACCCUUUUUACGUCAUUGGCCACCGUUGAUGAAGGUUAUGCAAUAUUGUAUGCCAAAUAUUUAGGCAAUAAAAGCGAUUUUAUGAGUUCACUUGGCGGACUGUACGCCAGCUUUAUAGCUUACAACCAAAUUUCCAUGAACAAUUCUAUUCUUCUCUUUCCGAUAACUAGUCCUGAAAUGAAAAUUAAUGCAGUUCAUUGUAAUGCAUUCUUGGGAUUUUGUUACUAUUGUAUUGCUUCCAUCAUCUACAACAACACAGUGCAAUAUGAAGAAAUUCAAUUUUGUACAGGAAAAUUUUUAAAUUCGAAUCCAAUCCAAACUCCCAACGAAAUUGGUGUGCCCUGGAAUGUGUUUUCAACACCUACUGGCGGAUAUAUAUUGUCUGCUGUUAACGCCACCACUUGUUUUAUUCAUAUUUCUGAGUAUUCAAAUCCAGGAGCUAAUCUGAUUAAUUUGACGUACUUUAAUACAACUGGUGUUAGUGCAUAUGGCUUCUUGAAACUUAAUAAUACUCUUUUACUCUCUCUACGAGAUACAAAUAGGAAUCAUAUUUCUUGGUCAUUGCUUACUGUUCAUUUACCUACAGUUCCAGAUAUUAGUGGUUAUUAUAAUUACGGUAACAUCAUGAUUACCAAUGUUACCCCAUCCAUUAAUUUUAAUGUCGAUUCAUCAACGACCAAUAUAAGCAUCAGUUUCGCUAUUUCUGUUGAUUUGUCAACUGGCAACAUCACCAUCUACAAAUUUUCCGAUAACAGCAUUAGGCAAAGUGUUUCAGUAACCUCUGAGUUCUGUAAACUUAGUAACGAUAGUAAGGUUGUCAAUAUAAGUAUCAUUGAUAGCACAUUUAAUGAGUAUGGUGAGAAAUAUUAUGUGAAAGUGGAUAAUAAUUUUGCCAAUGCUAGUACUUAUUUUAAUAAUGAACCUUUAAGAGGAAUUGAAAGUUAUGUUUGGAUUCUUAAAUCAAGUAAAUUUGAUCAAGUUGCUGCAACGGGUUUAGUAGUUCUCACUAUAGAUGCCUCCAAAAAAUUUCUAACAUCAUCUAGAAACAAUCAGUCAGAAUAUUUUGAUACUCUAUUAGAUGAGUUUGCUCUUAAAGUACCAGUCAGACGGGAGCGUUUAAGUUCAGAUAAGAAGUUCCAGUAUUUCGACGAAUUUGGUCAAAUCGCCAUUUCAAUUCGUAUAGAUUUGCCAACUAAUGAAACCGAAAAUACAGUUCCUGGAGUAUUUUCAAAUUUAAACAAUAUGAUUCUUUACAAAGGAAUCACCACUUUCUACACUGGUGUGACAAAUGAUUUAAACUCGACUCUUGGCUUUCAACCACAAGAGGGUCCAUGGGAUAAAUUCAAAUUACAAAUAAUUGCUGCAAUUGCAACUUUUGUAAUAAUAUGCUUAUUUUAUCACAUCUUGAGUUAUAAACUACACUCAAAAAAAUUUGAAGCAUUAAGUUCCGCAAUAUUAAGGCUUGGAUUAAUCAUCCCUAAUUUCAUUCUUUCAAUUCACUUUAUCGUUUACAAUUCAAAUGAUAUACAGGAGCUUCAUUUGCCAAGUGUUUCGAUACUAGCAAAUUUAACUAUAGCUAUUUAUACUUUCUACAAUGGAAUUAACGAGCUUGUUGUUGGAAAAGAAUUUAAAGAAUGGGUUAAACAUAAGCAAGAAUUAGUGGCUAUAUUUACUAUAUUCACUAUAUUAGCAACAACUGAUUAUGAGUAUCUGAUAAUUUUGAAAGAUGCGCCUAUAUUUAAUAAAAUAACAAUUGAUUAUAAGUAUUUAACAAUUAUAAAAGAUGUAACCAAAGCAGAAAUUGACGAUUAUUUAAAGAUUUUAGAAGACGUGCCUAUAUCUGAUGAAUCUGACAAAAUCAAACAAAUUGAUAUGUUAAAGACUUUGAAAUACGUGCUGACCAGAUUUGAAGAGUCUGUUGAAUUCGAAAUUAAAAAGGUUAAAUGGGUUCCAAUUGAUGGAAAUAAUUUACAAGAAAUUGAUGAUAAAUUGGAUUUCUUUAUGGCAUCUUUGAAGAUACGAACAAUCAAAAAUGAAUCUGGAAGAUAUACACGAUCGCGCACCAAAUCACAAGUUGAUCUUAUAAAAUUGCACGAUUCUCAAAUAAACACUUUAGAUUUUAUAAAGAAACUUAAUGAAAUGACGAAAGAGAAAUAUAAAAUCUAUGGAAUAACUAGAGAUGGGACUGAGCAAUACAUGAUAGUUCUUGAUUAUUAUUUUAACAAAAGAGAUAUCAACAAAUAUGGAGAGUGUAAAGAAUGUAAGAGACCUAAUACCAAUCCAGAAUGGUGUCAAUCGUGUGAUCCUUCCGUAAUCCAAAAUAAAUCAUUAA